AUGUCCUCUGUAAAGGAUCAUACUUUUGACCUGUAUAACAUCAAUGCCUUUCCCACUGAUUUCCUGGUUUCCCAUGAGAGUGCUCUGCUCAAACAAAUGGUUGACUAUGAGCAGAAGCUGAAGACAACUAAUCCAGAACAACCUAAAAGACUUUAUACUCUCAGGUAUCUGCUUCAAGAUGAUGAGAAGCAAACAGAGGAUGAUGAAGGAGUUCAGUCUGCAGCAGGACAACAAAAACAAAUGAAACAUCCCAGGAAGACCAGCAGCUGCCCAGCAGCUAAGAGAAGGCCAAGUGCUACUGCCACUUCCAAAGUCCAUGACAAGAAGAUGAAAAACACCCCGACCCCAGCUGGUGGCUUCAUGCCGAAACCUGCUGCACCAAAAGUGAUGUACGGGGGAGGACAUGGUAUUAGUAAUUCACCUGGAGGAGGAAUCAAAAAUGCCAGCGACUCUGUAGGUGACCCCGAAGUCUCGGCCGAGUCUUCAACAGGAGCUGUGACAAAUGAAGGGCCCAUAAGUGCCGCUUUGGCACGGAAAAUUAAUGAGGAUAUAAAAUGUCAAUUGAUGAAGGAAGUCCGGAGGUUUGGGCGAAAGUAUGAAAGGAUUUUCACAUUGUUUGAAGAAGUGCAAGGGCCUCUUGCACUCAAGAAGCAAUUUGUUGAAUUUACCAUCAAGGAAGCUGCAAGGUUUAAAAGAGUAGUCUUGAUUCAGCAGCUUGAGAAGGUACUAGCAAGAAUAGAUUCCUUCUGCUGCCUCAAGAAAGCUAAUCCCAAGAAAAGCAGAGACGUGUGUUCUUGCAAAGACCAGUGAGAAGCAAGGAUGAAUUUUCUAUGCUGUGAGCUGGAAGAAAACAUUGCUGAAGCCUCCUAAAAUGUGAUCAAGAA